UAGAGCUGGUACCUUCCAGCCCGCUCCAGAACGUGUUCAACUCGCAUAAAGUUGCCUAUGGAGUCCAGUGGGAGCUUGAGCGCACGCUUCGAUCUCUCCAUUCGUCGGUUGGAGUGUCCAUGAAUGACAUCACUCCAGGUGAUAUUGUGCAGUUGAAGGGGCCGGUGAUGGACGCCAUGCACCGGAUUCCUGCCGUCGUUCGCAGUGUCUGCUGUCGAGCCGAUCCAAUGGGAGGCGAUGUUCCACUGGGCUUCAGCCGGCGCAUCGCCGCUUGGGCAGAGAUGGAUCGCGAGGAAUCUGUAAUCAUGGACAAUUCCAAGACCUUCGACGGCGUGUUCAAUACAAGUGCAGAAUGGCCGUACGGGGGCCGACUGGUUUACGCCUUGGGAAUUCAGUACAACAAGGACCGCCACCGGGCAGGAGAGUCUUUAGAUGCACUGUCGUCCCCUUUCAGCUUUGACCUCCUUCCCGUCACAUCGCCAUCGACAUCAACCCGCCUCGCUCGCCGCUUCGGAUCCCGGCGUAUCUUAACUCUGCGGUGCAAGAAUGUUCCUCGCAGGAAUGGCGCCCGUGAGAAACUGUUCACUCUGUUUCGAGGAAGGGCGCUUGUUCUGUUCGGCCGGGUGUUCCGCGUCAUGUGGAUAGGGCCAGACUCGGAGAAAGCCAUCGCCAUCCAAACGAACGAGGUGCCUCCCUGCGGUACUGCUCUUGCCGAGCCGCCCAUGCCUAGCUUCUUGAACAUCAUUUUGGGGUUCAAUUCUUUAGACGCAAAGCGGUCGCAGGCGAUGGCCAAAUGGGCUUCUCGCAUACAACUCAUCCAAUCCGACUCUGUACCAGCCGCCAUUGUCGAUGCCGCAAAGAUCAUCGUGGUGCGCGACCUUACUUGCGACGGUGCCGGCUCUCAACCGGGUACUACCCAAAUUCUGACAGACGGGUGCGGACUGAUGUCGGCAGCGCUUGCACUGAGGAUUAAGCAGCAUCCAAGCUUUACGUAUCUGCCCGCGCUUCCAUCGGCUAUCCAGAUGCGUUUAGGCGGUGCCAAAGGCGUCCUCGUCGUCAUGAGCCCUCAGGAGCAAAACGUUUAUCCGGGCAUAGACGUCGUUCUGCGAGACUCGAUGGUCAAGUCUCAUCCCUCAGCACGCUUUGAGCACGAUCCGUCAAACUUCACCCUCGACAUCCUCAAAGUUGACGGGCUGCGCAUCGGUUCCACAUUGUCGAGCGAGCCGGCAAUUGUCAUGGCUCACAAUGGCGUCCCACAGGAGGUGCUUGUGGGGAAGGCACGGAGGAGUAUUGCUGAAAUCGGCGAGGCCUUCGCAGCAGCACCUCACGACGACGAAGACGAAGUUUCCGCGACAGCGCGACUGCUUCUGUCCGUGUAUCGCAGCGGCGGAGUGGGCACUGAGCAACGCAAGCGCGAGGUUCUUCGAAGAGGACAAUCCUGCAAGGUUGCUGGUUUAGUGUCACGGCAGGUGGACGCGGACGACGAGAUGGAUGAUACGGAUGACGGAGAUGACGGAAAAGAUCUGUCUCCCGCAGAAAUACUCUACCGCAUCAUCCGCUCGGGUAUUCAACCUACAGCCGAUGAAGGAGGCUGUGUCUACGCAGCAACCCAAUUGAGGCAGCUCGUUAGCACACUCACUCUUCGAGCGGCCUGUGAAUAUCGCAUCCCAAUCGAACAAAGCUUAUCUGCUCUCAUGGUUCCGGAUACAGCCGGGGUGUUAGCACCCGACGAGAUCUUUGUGGCCUUUGGCCAGGAGCAGCCUCUUAACCCACUUGACUGUCGGCGAAUGACCUUCCUGGAAGGUGACUGUCUCGCCUACCGAUCACCUUGCAAGUUGCCGACAGACGUCCGCAAGUUUCGGGCGGUGGUUCACCCCGCUUUGCUGCAUUUGCGCGACUGCAUCGUUUUCUCAGCGCAUACUGCUUUGUGUGGCCAAUCUCCAGCCAGCUUCCUCGGUGGCGGCGACUACGACGGCGACGUUGCCACCGUUAUUUGGGAUCCCGACAUCGUCGAGCCUUUCAGCAAUGCACCCGACCAUAUGGCUGUUGAGCCGCCGGGAUUCGAGAAGGCAAACUUCGCCAAAGAGAUUGUGACAGCUGAUCAGUUCCUAAAGGCGCUUGACGGGAAAGAAGAUUCGGUCAUUGCUGCAAACCUGCAGCACUUCCUCCUCGGCCACCUCCUAGAUGAACAGCUAACAGGGCAAUACUCCGAGAUGCAUGCGUGUGCAGCAUACACUCGAGGCGUCGAACAUCCAGAAACCCUGCGACUGGCACGGAUGUUUUGCCAAGUCCUUGACUCCAGAAAGAGCGGUCUCAGCGUUCUGCCAGCGGUGAAAAGGCAAGACAUGCAAAAGUUCAGCCACAAGGUUGCUUGGCGCACGGAGAAGAUGAAGGCUAAGGGCAAGGACGAGUACCUCAAUGACGAUACAUGGGAAGCCGUCCGCCCUCAUCACCUACCCCCGUUUAUUAUGGACGAGAUCAGCGCCCAGGCUCAGGCCGCCCGUCUGGAAGUUCUGCGUGACUUCCCAGGACCCAACUUCCCCGGACGCAAACGCGAGCUCAUCCCUCUCGCGGGGAUGUAUAAGGAUGCGUCCUUAAUGGCAGACAAAUGUCCCGCAAUCGCCGAGCAGCUACGGCUGGUCGAAAGGCACGUGAAAUGGGCCUGCGAUGUCUUUCCCUUAAUUUUCCAUUGGAAGAAUCUGGAUCUGAUACAGCACUACGCCGACACCGUGCACCGUUCUGUGCCAUCUGCAGCUAGUGACGGCAACCUAAGCCGACAGUCUAGCACUGUGAGCUUGGCGACAACGGCGAGCUAUGCGAGUCGCGAUUCGGGUCCUGGGAAGGGACGGCGCAUUCCACCAAGCAUCACACGGGCUCGCCUGCGCGAGCUGCGACGGAUUUGGCGAGACGGUCUUCGCCCAGCGGACGUGCAUGACUUGGUGGUUUAUCGACACGAGCGGACGCUCGCCGAACUCAAAGUCUCGUAUGCUGUGUACCUGUCCAAUGCGGAAGGGCGGUCUGUGGUCGUGCCCUUCCAUGUUGACCUGGAGACAAUCUGCAACAUGGCUGCGGAGGCGAGAGGCCCGACCGCGGCGAUGCCAGCAACAACUGCUGCGCUCUUCCGGCCACGGCACUAGACGGUACAUGACAAGCUGUUUGUCUGUAAAAUCGGAUCUCAUGAAUAUUUGCGUAGCGACAG